GCAGCAGCGCGCCGCUUUGGGCUGUGGGCAGUGACGCCAUGACGCCUGGGGUGACACAGGACUCCACAGUAAACAGACGGUCCCCGCACAGAUUACAAGGUAGCUAAAAGAGAGCCUGGGCUGAGAGGCACAGUUUGCAGGUUUGUUCCCUUAGUGAUGUGUUUUUCCCCGUCUGGUGUAGUGCAAGAUCCUAGCUGAACCCUGCUCCUUAUCCUCGAAGUCCUCCAGCAGCACCUCCUCCUCCCUCAUCCUCCACCUCCUCUUCCUCCCUCUGGCCACUCCUGUGAUGCCUCCCUCGUGCUGUGGCUGCCUGUCACAGUACACCCAUCAUCACCUGGUUGUCUUCCUCCUCACGUUCUUUAGCUAUGUGUUGCUGCAUGCAUCCAGGAAGACGUUCAGCAAUGUGAAAGUGAGCAUCUCAGCCCAGUGGACGCCGUCCAUCCAGAAUGACAGCGCAGCAGCGUUCUCCCCUGGCCAGACGUGGGAGGACAAUCGUCUGUUUGCAGAUGAAAAGCAGGCCACUCUGUUUUUGGGAGCUCUGGACUCCAUCUUCCUCUUCUCGUAUGCAGUGGGUCUGUAUUUAAGCGGCGUCAUCGGGGACCGAGUGAACCUGCGCUACGUGCUCUGCUUCGGCCUGUGCGGCUCUGCUGCGGUGGAGUUUGUGUUCGGGACUCUGACCGAAUGGCUCCAGAUCUACAACGUCUACCUGUACUGUGGCCUCUGGGUGCUGAACGGCCUGCUGCAGUCGGCCGUCUGGCCCUGCGUGGUGGCCGUCAUGGGCAACUGGUUCGGCAAGUCGGGGCGCGGCUUCGUGUUUGGCCUUUGGAGCGCCUGUGCCUCCGUGGGCAACAUCCUCGGUGCCUUCCUGGCUUCUAGCGUGCUCAAGUACGGCUAUGAGUAUGCCUUCCUGGUCACCUCUGUUGUGCAGUUUGCUGGCGGGGUCGUGGUGUUCUUUGGUCUUCUUACUUCCCCAAAAGAAGUUGGUUUGAGCUUGGACUCAGGGACGGGACUCGGCCCAGUGGAGACGGACACAGACAGCCACAAGCCUCUGAUGAGCGACGAGGAGGACGAGGUGGAGGUGGAGGGGUACGGGCGACACCGGUCGGUUCAGGAGCCGGACGAAUCUCCCGUCGAUUCUUCUCCCCAAGCCAUCGGCUUUUUCCAGGCUUUCUGCCUGCCCGGAGUGCUCCCGUACUCCUUGGCUUACGCUUGUCUGAAGCUGGUCAACUACUCCUUCUUCUUCUGGCUUCCUUUCUACUUGAGCAACAACUACGGGUGGAAGGAGGCCCAGGCCGACCGGCUGUCUGUGUGGUACGACGUCGGAGGAAUCAUCGGAGGAACAGUUCAGGGUCUGAUCUCUGACUUAAUGGGGAAGAGGGCCCCUGUGUUAGUAUUCAGUCUGCUGAUGGCAAUGGGUGCCCUGGUGGGUUACAGCCGAUCACCCAACGACCAGGUGAUAAACGCAGCCCUGUUGGCUGUCACCGGCUUCUUCAUCGGGGGUCCGUCCAACAUGAUCAGCUCUGCCAUAUCCGCCGACCUGGGGAGGCAGGACGCUCUGAGGGGCAGUCAGGAGGCUCUGGCCACUGUCACCGGUAUCGUGGACGGAACAGGAAGUAUAGGAGCUGCUGGAGGACAGUACCUGGUGUCUCUGAUUGAGAGCAAGCUGGGCUGGAUGAGCGUCUUCUACUUUUUCGUUGUCAUGACUGGAGGCUCCAUCUUGUUCAUCACUCCCUUGCUAAUCAAAGAGCUGCGUGCCAUGUGGAGGGACAGACAAGCACUGCGACGUCAGCUGUGAGAGCCGCAACAUCUGCCGGCCGUAACAUUUCUGCAAUACUUGUCACAGCAGGUUUGGUCAGAUUCAGCUCCGUAGGUGAGUUUCAGGACGUAGAAAGAUUUGGCUUGGAUCUCUCCCACAGCCGAGACUGUUAAAGUCCUUAAACGUUCACUUACACUCAUUUUAAAGCAAAUGGUUGGAUGUCGCUGAAGUACCGCGGUGUAAAAAAAAAAAAAACGUUUUAAAAUCGGUCCACCGGAUCAGUCUGUGAAAUUAGGACCUUUGCAAGGCUAUCACAGAACACACUAAUGUACAUAUUUUAAGUUUUAAAUUGUUGUAGAUACUUUUAAAUAUGGAUGUACUUGAGACAAUAAGACUGAAUUAUAUACGAGGAGCUGAAGAUCAAGCCCUUGGAGACAAUUUGAGGGUCAGAAUCACCUAAAGAAUGUGAAUACUGAUUGUAGUGUAUAAAUCCAAAGUUAGCCAUUGUAAAUAUGUAUGAUAUUUUUAAAUAUUGCACUCCAGAUAAUUAGGCAAAAUCUGAAAAGCCCAUUUUAAACCACUUAAAAUUUAGCUUUUCCUGACCUUGCAGCCACUUGAUUUGUUGUUUUGUACAGUUUUUAUUCGUAAUCGGGUUUAAGAUACUGUAAAGCCUGUUCAGGAUGGGACUGGUUCUCAAGGUUGUCUGUAUGAAUCGCUCUGUGACUCGCUCGUCAUUCCCUGUUCAUGUUUACAUGUUGCGUUUUAGUGUCUUAAUGCACUGUCAAUCCACACACUUGCAGAAAACUGUGCGCUCAUAUCUUAAACUUACUCUUUAAUAACUGUAAAAACUGCACAGUUGAAUCUUCAGGAGACUUUUUCUUGUUUUUUUUUUUUGGAGGACGUGACUAGAAAUUUUGUUUUUAUUUCGUAUUUUAUUGCCUUACUGGUUAUUUAUAUCUUCCUCGGUAAGACUAGAAUCGGUGAUUUACUUUGCACUACUCCUGUGUCGAUAACCCAAACAUCUUGUCAAGUUUAGGAAUAAUGAUUUUACCAUCAAUGCGAGACCUUCGCUGUCUGCGGAAGCCGAGCAGAUGUAGUAGAAUGUAUAUGGAAAUGUAUGUAGAAUGUGGUGUAUUUUUAAAUUUGUUUUUAUUUAUGUGUCAAUUUUUCCUUUAAAUAAAUGCAAAUUACACUUUGCA